AUGCAAAUGCAAACACUCCCAAUAUCAUCGUCAUUAGGCGGGACUGCAAAGCCUCCGUCGGCUCCGACCUCGACUCCGAUACGAGUAAAAUCCCUAUAUACUCCGUCUCCCAGGAAGCCCAUCAACGAUCCAUCGUCCCCCGAUUCCAUGGCAGCUGCUGCUCCUGCUCCCAAAUGGGCUCAGAAGACAAUUACCCUUCCUCCACACAGGCGUGGCUGUCAUCUUAUCACCUCCAAGAUUUUGAAGGAAAUUGGACAAGACUUGUCGGGAUUUAGAUGUGGCCUCGCACAUCUCUUUUUGCAGCACACAAGUGCUUCUCUGACAAUUAAUGAAAACUACGACUCGGACGUUCGGGAUGAUACUGAGACAUUUCUUAACAGGGUAGUUCCAGAGGGGAUGUCUGCACCAUGGAAACAUACACUGGAAGGUCCCGAUGACAUGCCGGCACACAUCAAAUCAUCACUAUUUGGCUGCACUCUCACGAUUCCAAUUACAGAUGGACAGCUUAACAUGGGCACUUGGCAGGUAGGAAAGAUCAUGAUGUAG